GAUCUCACCAGCCGCUCAGCCACAAACAGCUUUUUCACUGGACACAAGGAUGUGCCUUCAUUUCCGCUUCUCUGCUUCUGCGGUAAGCUCUAAACUCGACCUGACCAUCCCCCGCUGAGAGACUGUUUGACAUUUUGAAGUUGAUCAUGGUGCGCAACGUGGACGACCUCGACUUCUGCCUGCCCUCCCAUCCUCAGAGCAUUCUGGAGGGCUUGCGCUCCCUCUGCUCUCACCCCAAACUGGUGGACGUGACGCUAAGCGCGGGCGGCCGCGACUUCCCCUGUCAUCGCGGCGUGCUGGCCCUCUGCAGCGCGUACUUCCACAGCAUGUUCUCAGGGGACUUUGUGGAGAGCAUCGGGGCGCGCGUGGAGCUCAGCGAUGUUGAUCCUGACAUUCUCAGCUGCCUGCUGGACUUCGCGUACACGGGCAAGCUGACCAUCAACCAGAGCAACGUGGAGGGGCUGAUCUGCACGUCCAGCCAGCUGCAGUUCCAGACAGUGAGGACCGUGUGCAGCCGAUACCUCCAGCACCAGAUCGAUGCCACCAACUGCCUGGGGAUCCUGGAGUUCGGGGCCAUCCAUGGCUGCCCUGAGGUGAUGGCCAAAGCGGGGGCCUUCCUCUUAGAGAACUUUGAGGCUGUGCAGCAAGGUGAGGAGUUUCUGCUGUUGGGAAAGGAGAGGUUGGUUGCAUGCCUGUCUGACGAAGGGCUACAAAUCCGGACAGAGUGCACCCGCGUGGAGGCCAUCCUGAAAUGGGUCGGGCACCACAGUGAGUCUCGGCUCGGCCACCUCCCUGAGCUCCUCACCUUGUCCCGUCUCCCUCUGCUCAGCCUGGACUACCUGGCUGACACCCUGCUGAAGGACAGUCUGGUGCAGGCCUCUCCCAGCUGCAGAGAGGCGGUGGAAAAACUUCACAGAGAGAAGAUGGAUUUUGCCCCGGAAAACACGGACAGACUCGACUCCAUGAGUCCGCAACCAAACCUGCAAGAGGUGCUGUUGGUAAUGGGAGGUCGCUCACUGGACGACUCGGACGAUGAAGAUGAAGAGGACAGAGACCCAAGACUGCUGCCCAGGAACUGUGCCUUCUACAACACAAACACAAAACAGUGGCAUGAGCUCCCUAAUUUCCCCAACCCCAACAAGUGGGGCUACGCUCUGGUCUCCCUGAACAAUGACGUGUACGUCACAGGGGGCUCGCGAGGCUCGAACACCAACACCUGGUCCACCACAGAGACCUGGAAGUACAUCACAAGAGAGGGGAGGUGGGUUACUGUGGCCCCCAUGCUCUGGCCUCGCACUAACCACACGUCGGCAACGCUCAACGGCGAGAUUUACGUCAUUGGAGGUACAACGUCGAAUCGCGUUGAAGUUGAGCACUACGACCCUUACAACGACACCUGGACCUUGACGUGCCCCGCCUUGAAAUAUGUGACUAACUUCACCGCCACGGCCUGUCAUGGGAAGCUCUAUGUGAUUGGCUCGUGCGCUGUGAAGUACAAUGCUUUGGCCAUGCAGUGUUACAACCCUGUUAUAGAUAGCUGGAUCAGCAUAUGUUCGCCCUUCAUCCCUAAGUAUCUGUCCUCUCCUCGUUCUGUCUGUGUGGAUGGCACUAUAUAUCUGGUUGCUGACAACACUAAGAAAGUCUUCUCUUAUGAUCCAGAGGCGAACAUGUGGCAGAAGGUUCAGCUUCUCCACAUGCUCCAUGAGAAUGGCGGCCUGGUAACACUGGAUGGGAAGCUGUUUGUCACCGGAGGCCAUUGGAAAGGCAUGGAGGGGGACUACGGGGUGGAAGUGGAGGUUUACAACCGAGCGGCCGACACCUGGGAGGUGGAGUCCUUCCUGCCCAGACUUUGGUUCUACAGUGGAGUCUGCACCAUCUUCCUAGAUCCAUCCCAGUGGCCCGAGCUUUCCCCCAUAGAUUCACCGUAAGGGCCUCCUGUCCUGGUGGGACUAAACUCAGGCUCCAGGAGUACACAGAGACAUGUUCCUAUCACAACUAUGUUACAAUGUAAAUGGCAGGUUUAUCCCAGGAUGCCAUUGUGACCUAGAAUAGUGUGUUACAUGAUCCUCAGGUCUUCUUGGUUGUUAUUAGAGCCUUGCUUGGCUGCUCAGUUGGUGGUUAUUUAUACUUUGUGUCUUGUGUUUUUGUUUGUUCCUUUUUGUGUGUUAUUGAAUGGUGCUUGUGAAUCAUUAAAUAUUUGCAGAGUAUUAUUUUUUAUUAUUGGUUGUAUAUCACGGGUUUGAACCUGGAAAUUUAAUUUUAAUUUUUUUAUUUUUUUUUAUUUAUUAUACUAUAUUGAUCCCUUUAAGGGGGGAAUUUGUUGAAAUGCUCGAAACGUGAAUAAAAUUUACUCCUGAAAGCCGGUCAACCAGCUGUAAAUCCUCUUUGGGAAGAUACUGUUCACUUUGCCUCUAAAGAGACUAGAAACGUGAUGAUCAUUAACCCAUCGGAAUCCGA